AGAGAGAUAGAGACUAGAGGGCAGAAGCUAUAGUACCUUUUGCCACAAGUCACCACCGUUUCCUUCAAAAUGGAGUGCUGGUCAUCAAAGUUCUGCAACCAAGCAAGGCCAUUUCUGGCUGUGAUCUUCAUGCAGUUUGGGUAUGCUGGUAUGUCCAUCAUCUCCAAGUUUGCUCUCGACCGAGGAAUGAGCCAACACGUCCUCGUUGUCUAUCGACAUGCAAUCGCCACUGCUGUUAUUGCCCCCUUUGCUCUAAUCUUUGACAGGAAGGUGAGGCCUAAGUUGACUUGGGGGAUCUUCUUCAAGGUUGCACUCCUUGGCUUGUUGGAGCCAACGAUCGAUCAGAACUUGUACUAUACAGGCAUGAAGUAUACAUCUGCAACAUUUGCUGCUGCUAUGGUCAAUGUUGUCCCUGCCUUUGCAUUCCUCAUGGCUUGGGCCCUGAGGUAAGAAAAACAAGAUGAUAACUGGGUUUCUUUUAUGAAUACUAUAUGUGCAUUGUGACACUUCUGCCACUGUGGUUAAUAAUUCACAGGCUUGAGUCAGUUAACCUGAAGAAGGUGCACAGCCAGGCAAAAAUCCUGGGCACAAUAGUGACAGUUGGAGGAGCCAUGUUGAUGACCUUGAUUAAAGGUGCUAGGGUGGAUCUGCCAUGGACUGAAGGGGUUCAAGCCGCCACGACUUCAGCAGCUGCUCAGGAUCCUGUCAAGGGUGCAAUUAUGCUAGCCAUUGGCUGCAUUUCCUGGGCUGGUUUUGUCAUUCUUCAGACAAUCACUUUGAAAUCGUACCCGGCUGAGCUCUCAUUAACAGCUUUGAUCUGCAUGAUGGGAACGAUCGAGGGCUCGGUUUUGGCCAUUGGGAUGGAAUGGGGGAACCCUUCUGCUUGGGCCAUUGGCUUAGACACCAAGUUAUUAGCUGCUGCUUAUAGUGGAGUGAUAUGUUCAGGAAUGUCAUACUACAUACAGGGAGUGGUGCUGAAGACCAAGGGCCCGGUUUUCGUGACCGCGUUUAGCCCUCUUUGCAUGGUGCUAGUCGCAAUCAUGGGUUCCAUUUUCUUAUCCGAGGUUCUGUACAUGGGAAGGAUCCUGGGAGCAAUCGUUAUAGUGAUGGGAUUGUACAUGGUGCUGUGGGGGAAGAGCAAAGACCAACAACCAGGCAGCGGGAACGAUAAGGUGGCUGAUUUACCAACUGCUAGUGCAGUGGCUGCUGCUGCUGCUGCUUCAUCAGCCAACGAUGAGAAGACCGAAGAUGAUGUGCACUUUGUUUCCCUCGAGGUGGCGAGAACUUGAAGAUGAUGAAGAGCAGAGUAAGAGAGAAAUCAAGUGCCUGUCUCUCUUGCUCUCUUCUCUGUCUCUGUACCAUUUGCUGCUGAUGUUUUGUUAGUGAGAAAGCAAAAGUCUACUACUUCAUGUCUGGAAGUCCUAACCCAAGAACAUAGUGAUGAUUAUUAAUAAUGGAAUACAUAUUAGUACCAUAAUUGCAAUGUAAAGAGAGCACUAAUGAAACCUUUGAUGGUGCUAAGCUGGACUACUUUACUUCAGUUCUCGUCCAUUACAAUGAUAAGUGAGUGGCUACAGGUGACUAGAUGUGGAUUGGUAGGGUAGUACUCACCACUUGCAAUUGUAUACUCAUUCCAUU